UUGAAGAAGUUACGCGAAGCAUUAAUUGGAAACACUGGUGGUACGGCUUCAUCGGCUCCCUCCACAAACAACAACACCCAAGCUCCGCCCCCUGAAAAAAACACUGACAAGCAGGAUAGUUGGUUGAACCGUCUAACGGAUGGCGCAAAGCGUGUGUACGAAACAGCCCGCAGAACGGUCGGAGGACGACGUGCGAUUGAUACCACUCCCGGAUUUCUGCUGUCGCGCAUCCGAGCUGCGUCUUUGCAGAAUGAGACCCCUAGUCCAAAGAAAGUUAAUGAUUUGGAUGAGCCUGAUCGUGUUUCAGAAAAAUGA